AUGGCGAUUGCGGCACCCAUUGACGCCAACGAAAAGUCAAAAGUACCGACUAAGAGAAGGCCAAAUCUUGUCGGAUUUGGAAAAAGCAAAACAGAAGUAGGCGAAGUGCGUGCACGACUAUGCAUUAUCUUUCGUGCUGUCUUCUACAAUCUUUUGGAGCAACUUCAGUCAGACCUUGCUCUUGGUAAGGUUCAGAAGAAUGAUGGAGUAUAUAUGCCGCAGGCAGGAUCGAAUGCAAUUGGAAGGUACAAAAUCUAUAAGGAAUACGAUUGCGAGUUGGAGGGUAUUGCCUAUAAGGUUGCAGUGAAUGUCAGGCAAAGGGAACUUCUGCAAAAGAUUUCACGAUCCAGGGGAGGAAAAUUUCGCGAUCACAAGAAAGCCGAGGCAAAAGGUCCUCCUAUCCAUCUGUGUCAAAAUCUGAGAAUUACUCCCAACACUCCUCUCUAUUGGCAAGGCGAACCAUACAAUCUGUGCUGGGAUACAGACAUUUGCCAAAAAUAUUAAGGACUUUGCACUGAAUGAUUUUGAUGACUUAAAAAUAGUGAUAAAUGUGAGCAUUGACUUUGUUCAUGUAUUGGUCUCCUGUUAGUGCAAUUAUUGAAAAGCUAUAAUGUUUCUUAUAAAAAAAGUACAUGUGCAAAAAGAG